AUGGCGAAUUGGAAUGACAUUCGUGUUGUUAUAUCAAUAGAUUUUGGAACUACAUACUCUGGUUAUGCAUAUAGUAAUAAACAAAACCCAGAACACAUAACUAACGAUGUCUGGCCUGAACGGAUAGGCCAACUGAAAACGAAUUCUGUGCUUCAAUAUUCUGAUUCGAAAUUCUCACAAGUAUCAGAAUGGGGGUUUCCAGCUCUCGCGCAGAAACCUUCGCGUAGAAAUCAGAAGAAAAACGGCUCAAAGCCAGUUGAACUGUUUAAAUUGCAUUUGGGUAGUAUGCCCGAUAGUGAGAAACCCACUCUACCUAAAGGUCUAGAUUACAAGAAGGCCAUUACUGAUUAUUUAAAAGAAAUGGAAACAGUAGAAAUGCGAUGGCCAAAUAUUGAUUUCAUGAGUAAUGUUUUAAUAGUUAUGACUGUUCCAGCAGAAUAUUCAGAACAGGCUUGUGCUAUAAUGAGAGAAUGUGCCUACAAAGCGGGUUUAAUUCGUACAAAGGAUUCCAAAAAACUUGAAUUUUCUACCGAACCUGAGGCUGCUGCCAUUUAUUGUAUGAGUGUGUUGAAAGAACAUUUUCUUACGGAUGUUGGGACGAAUUUCCUUAUUGUGGAUUGUGGUGGCGGUACUGUUGACUUGACAACUCGAGAAUUGUUGGCUGAUCAGAGAUUGGGAGAAGUUACAGAACGUACCGGAGAUUUUUGUGGUGGAACGUACGUUGAUAAAGAAUUUAUUAAAUUUUUAAAACGUAAAGUUGGCGAUUCAGCAAUAAAAUUGUUAGAAGAACAAAAUUAUGGUCAACUACAAUAUAUGAUACAGGAAUUCUGUACGAAAGUCAAAUUACCUUUCACUGGUGUCAAAAAAGACUAUAAACUAUUUGAGUUAGAUCUUGAAGAAGUAUGCCCAGUUCUGAAACAAUACACUACUGGAGCAGCAAAAGCUAAAUUAGAAAAAGAUGAAUGGAUUAUUGAUCUAGAUUUUGAGACCGUGAAAUCAUUCUUUGAUCCCGUAAUUGGAAAGAUUAUUAGAUUGGUCAGUAAUCAACUUAAUAAUGGUAAUGAUUGUUCAGCAAUGUUUUUAGUUGGUGGAUUUAGUGAAUCAAAAUAUCUACAAAGAAGAAUUAAAGAUGAAUUUGGGAUGCAAGUUAAAAAUAUUAGUGUUCCUAAACAACCACAAGCUGCUAUUGUUAGAGGAGGAUUAGAAUACGGUCUAAAUAUGAAAACCAUCAAAACCAGAGUACUUAAAUGGACUUAUGGUAUCGAAUUAUCUCCACAAUGGAAACCUGGUGAUCCACCAGAACGUAGAAUUUCACAUAACCGUAUUGAUAUAUUUAGUAAACUCGUAUCUAGAGGAACUAUAGUUGACGUUGAUCAAGAAUUUGGUAAAGAUUUAUACCCAAGUAUAGAAGAUCAAACCGCUGCAUCGAUGAAAAUAUAUAAAACUCCUGAAAUUGAUGGUAAAUAUCCCAACGAACCUGGUAUGGAAAAAUUAGGAGAAUUGAUAUUAGACUUUCCAGAAAGUUAUUUAGGAUAUAACAGGAAAUUAAGGUUUACUCUGACCUUUGGGCAAAUGGAAAUCAGAGCAUAUUGUACUAAUCAGAAUGGAAAGAGUGUUGAUGCUAUGUUUAACUUGGAACUAUAA